AUGUGUAGACCUGAAGGAGCCAUUAAGAGCUGUUUAGGACCCGAAGGAGCCAUUAAGAGCUGUUUAGGGCGACGUAGACCUGAAGGAACAGCACCUACCAAGAGGACCAACAAAGACCCUGUUAAGACCCAGAAGAACCCACCAAACCCACGAGGACCCAAAACCCAUGAAGACCUCAACAAAAGCCACGAGGACCAAGUAAAAUCCAUCAGUACCUACAAAGACCCACCAGAACCCAAGGGGACCCACCAGAACCCAAGAGGACCCACCAGAACCCAAGAGGACCCAACAGAACCCAAGAGGACCCACCAGAACCCAAGAGGACCCACCAGAACCCAAGAGGACCCACCAGAACCCAAGAGGACCCACCAGAACCCCAGAGGACCCACCAGAACCCAGAGGAACCACAGAACCCAAGAGGACCCACCAGAACCUAAGAGGACCCACCAGAACCCAAGAGGACCCACCAGAACCCAAGAGGACCCACCAGAACCCCAGAGGACCCACAGAACCCAAGAGGACCCACCAGAGCCCCAGAGGACCCACCAGAACCCAAGAGGACCCACCAGAACCCAAGAGGACCCACCAGAACCCCAGAGGACCCACCAGAACCCUAGGAGGACCCACCAGAACCCAAGAGACCCACCAGAACCCCAGAGGACCCACCAGAACCCAAGAGGACCCACCAGAACCCAAGAGGACCCACCAGAACCCAAGAGGACCCACCAGAACCCAAGAGGACCCACCAGAACCCAAGAGGACCCACCAGAACCCAAGAGGACCCACCAGAACCCUAGAGGGACCUACCAGAACCCAAAAGACCCAGCAGGACGUGGCCAAGGGCAGCGUGAGGACGGAGGAGCAGCCCUGCCCUUAGGUGCCGCCCAGGACAUUUAUUACUUUAUAAUUCGACCACUGUUUGACGGUGUCCCGCCAUCCUCACCGCCCCACUCACCCACAUCUCGCACACACACUCACAAAACGCCCAUGCCACUCAUCUACAUAACGCCCAUGCCACUCAUCUACAUCACGCUGCCACUCAUCCAUAUAACGCCCAUGCCCACCCACAUCACACCCAUGCCACCUACCCAUAUCAUGUCCAUGCCAUUACCACCUAUAUUACGCCCGUGUUACACCUACCCACAUCACGCCCAUGUUACACCCAUCCUAACGUUCUACAUCCGGCCAUGA